CCGCCGCGGCCAUGGUGCUGAACCCGGUGAUCGGGAAGCUGGUCAGCAAGAGGGUGGUGCUGGCCAGCGCCUCCCCCCGCCGGCAGGAGAUCCUCACCAACGUGGGUCUCCGAUUUGAGGUAGUUCCAUCCUGGUUUAAAGAGACACUUGAGAAGUCAUCUUUUGCAGCCCCUUAUGAAUAUGCCAUAGAAACAGCAAAGCAGAAGGCACUUGAAGUGGCAAAUAGAAUGCAUCUAAAACACCUUAGAACUCCAGAUAUUGUUAUAGGAGCAGACACUAUUGUGACUGUCGGAAAACAGAUUCUGGAGAAACCGGUUGAUAAACAAGAUGCAUACAAGAUGCUGUCAAGGUUGAGUGGGAAGGAGCACAGUGUCUUUACGGGAGUAGCCAUUGUUCACUGCAGCAGUAAAGAUAAUCAUCUGGAGACUGAAGUCACUGAUUUCUAUGAAGAGACAAAAGUUAAAUUUGCUGAACUAUCUGAGGAGCUUUUAUGGGAAUAUAUUCACAGUGGAGAACCAAUGGACAAAGCUGGUGGUUAUGGAAUCCAGGCCCUUGGUGGAAUGUUAGUGGAAUAUGUUCAUGGAGACUUCUUGAACGUGGUGGGCUUUCCUCUGAAUCACUUCUGCAAAAAGUUAGCGGAGUUGUAUUAUCCACCCCUCAAACAUACCAUACAGCAUGUCAAGCAUGACUCUAUCCCCUCUGUCGAGACUUUUGAGAACCUCAGUGAUGGAGAGAGUGACUCUUCAAAUCCCAUGCAGCAUAAAAGUGCUAACAAAUUAGAAAGGAAUGGGGUGCCCCUCUCAGGAGCCAUUCAUACGCCAGUAAACAGUGGUAGCAUCAAGCCUGUUUGUACAGUGGCUGUGGAAAAUCAGAGUGGAGUGAUGGAAUAUCCAGCUAAAUUCCCAUCAAAAAUUGUAGAACUUAUGGAUGGCUUCAGAGCUUCAAAGGUAAAAAAACAAAAAUACCGUUACAGUAAUACAGAUUCAGCGAACACAUAUCUGGUGUCGGACAGAGAAUAUUCACUUCAUGGCUACAUUAUCCAUUGUAAUGACCGCCUUUGGCAUCUCUUUACACACCUGGAGGCUGCUGUCAAAGAGGGGACCAUGCAGACCCAUCAGGCUUUUGGAAAGGAAACAGAGGACUUGUUUCAGGAUUCCUGUUAUCACAGUGUGGAGGCAAAGCAGCGUUUCAUGACUGCCAUGCAUAGCAUUGCGAAAUUGACAGCAAGAGACGUGGCAACAUCUUUUGAUCUUUCACCGUUUAGAUCUGUCUGUGAUUUGGGAGGUUGCACUGGAGUUCUGGCCCAUGAGCUAGUACAAAAAUACCCAAACCUAAACAUAACUGUAUUUGACCUUCCAGACGUCAUUGCAAAUGUCUCUUGCUUUCAGCCUUCAGGACAGCACAUAACUCCAGUGAUGUUCACAGCAGGUGACUUCUUCAAAGAUAAUCUUCCAGAAGCAGAUCUUUACAUCCUUUCACUAAUUCUACAUGACUUGAAUGAUGAAAAGAUUCACAUAUUGUUAAGCAAAAUAUCAAGUAUUUGCAAACCAGGAAGUGCCUUGCUACUGGCAGAAAUUGUGCUCGAUGAAGAGAAGACACACCCUCCUAGAGCAGUAUUACAGUCCCUCAGUAUGACUGAAGGCAAGCAGAGAAGUGGCUCGGAGUAUAAGCAACUACUGGAGAAAUAUGGAUUCACCAAUGUGCAAAUUAAGAUUACAGGAAACAUUUUAGAUGCGAUUUUGGGCUUUAAGAAAACUUCUGCACAUUAGUUUGCACUGCAAGCUGUGGAAUUUUGCUGGCUAAAAUGGUGUUGGAUGAUGAGAAGAAAAGAAGGGGCACAGCUUUGCUGCAGUCCUUGAACAUGCUUGUCCAGAUAGAUGGAAAGGAGAGGAAUAGCUCCGAAUAUAGAUGUUUACUGGAACACCAUGGCUUCACAAAUGUAGAAAUUAAACUGACAGGAAAUGUGUUUUGUUUUCUGCACUAAGAAAUAAAGAAAUGUUAUUUGGCAAUAAAAACCAGAACACAUCA